AGGACUCAAAGUUUGACCUGCGCCUGACCCCCCAGGACAAACACCGCCCCCCCUCCCCACCACCACCCUCAAACGCGCUCAUCUUAUUUCUCACCUGGUCAGUGCCCCCCCCAAAACCAACCAUACGAUUUCCCCCGAGCUCCCCUAAUUCCCCCGCCCCCCCAGCGGCCCCCCGCUACCACCGCCGUCUGCCCCAGGCCGCCCACCCCCCAUUUUCCGAGCUGGCGUGGCGACGCAAACUCACAAAUAUUUACUUCCUGUACGUGAAGAGGAAAGGGGGCCCCCCUUUCGUGGAAUGCGGCAACAUGGGCGUGUUUGACCGCGGAGUUCAGAUGCUGCUGACCACGGUGGGGGCCUUCGCUGCGUUCAGCCUCAUGACCAUCGCCGUGGGCACGGACUACUGGCUGUACUCGCGCGGCGUCUGCAAGAUCAAGAGCACCAACGAGAACGAGACCAGCAAGAAGAACGAGGAGGUGAUGACGCACUCGGGCCUCUGGAGGACCUGCUGCCUGGAAGGUUCCUUUAAGGGCAUGUGCAAACAGAUAGAUCACUUCCCGGAGGACGCCGACUACGAGGCCGACGCUUCCGAGUACUUCCUACGUGCAGUGCGGGCCUCCAGUAUCUUCCCUAUCCUCAGUGUGAUCCUACUCUUCAUGGGGGGGCUCUGCAUCGCCGCCAGCGAGUUCUACAAGUCACGUCACAACAUCAUCCUCAGCGCCGGAAUCCUCUUUGUCUCUGCAGGCUUGAGCAACAUCAUCGGCAUCAUCGUCUACAUAUCUGCCAAUGCCGGGGAUCCUUCCAAGAGCGACUCCAAGAAGAAUAGCUACUCCUAUGGCUGGUCCUUCUACUUCGGCGCGCUCUCCUUCAUCAUGGCUGAAAUGGUGGGCGUGCUGGCCGUGCACAUGUUCAUCGACCGCCACCGGGAGUUGCGUGUAGGGGCCCGGGCCGCCGACUACCUCCAAGGUGCGGCCAUCACGCGCAUUCCCAGCUACCGCUACCGUUACCGCCGACGCUCGCGCUCCUCCUCCCGCUCCACGGAUCCCUCGCACUCCCGUGAGGCGUCGCCAGUGGGCCUCAAGGCCUUCGGUACACUACCUUCCACAGAGCUGUCCAUGUACACGCUUCCAAAAGGCCAAACAGGCACGCCCACAGCCACCUAUAACUCCACAGAGAGGGACCACAACUUCCUGCAGGUCCACAACUGCAUCCAGAAAGACCUGAAAGACUCGGGCGGCCACAGCAACACCGCAAACCGACGUACCACGCCCGUAUGAAACUGACGGACCUCAGACACUUGAAUAACAAAAAACAUCCAAGGAGACUUUGGGGGGUGGCGGAAAAUGAUAGGUCAUGGUUUGGGUCUUUGAGGGCGAGACGGGGAGAAAGCGGCAGAAGGAGAAGGUCUGUGCACUCGAAAGCACUUCAGAUGAGCUUCUGUUCAAACGGGCAGAAGCAGAAAAAAUGCAUAAAAAAAGAAACAUGCAUGAUUUUGCCAUCUACCAUUGUUUAACAAUUUGUAAAGAGUUCAGGGGGGGGAAAAAGAGGGGUCCGGUGGUGGUCUGUGUCAGGCCACGUGGAGCGCCAGGCCGGGCCCCACUGUCUAUUCAAAAGGCCAACUUUAUAUUUUUUACUCUUCCGCGGCCUACUGAAAAUGGGGCCAUAUUUUGCCCUCGGGCCCCGCCUAAGACCCCGCUCUUGCGCUACCACCCUGACCUCCCUGGACCCCCACUUGUCUCUUUAGUUGCUGUAUCUUCCUUAUUUUCUUCCUUCUUUACAUAAAUACUGUGAACCAUUGCGGUGUAAGAGUUUAGCAGGGAGCACUCCAGGCCGCAAAAAAAAUCUGAAAAAAAGCAAAUAUGUAUUGAUUAUAUAUAAACACAUGAGUAUACUUCUUAAUACAUUAUGACUAGACUUCCCUGGCGCAGAGUAACAAGAAAAAAGAAAUCAAAGUAGCUUACAAGAGAUACAAAGUUGUCAUGGAAGCUAACCUAAGACAAGAUCAUGUGUCAGUGAAGGCUUUGGGCUACUGGUUAGUAAUACCACAUUUAUUUACAGUAAAAAUUAAAAAACAGCAAAAAAAAAAAAAAUCAAAAUCAACAACCUUUUGGCCUUCCGCCAAAACACUGGCUGCCAUCUUUGUUCAGGGUCAGCUUUUGGGGGAAAGAACUGUAGGGAAGACCUCUGAGCCAACAUGAAGAAGACUGUGGACAAUGAGAUGUCACUACUGCCAAAGACACAAAGUAGUGCAGUCGCCGGCGAGGUGAAGCUACGCGAGUCCCCCCCCAAAAAAAAGAAUUUACAUGCAUGCUAAACAAAAUCAUCCAAUCUGCUUUUAAGGAACCCAUGUUUUGAACAAUGAUGCUGCGUAAGGGCAGCAGGCGUGACAAAGUAGAACUUAAUGUUACAGUACUGUGUCUUUUUACAUUUUACUUCUUAUUUUAUUUUUUGAGUGGACCAUCUUGGGGUGGGGCUUCAUUAUGCUUUAAACAAACAAAGCAAGCAUUUGCAUUUGGAGAGGCUUUUUAAAGAAAAAAAUGCUUUUCAUUUGAUUUCUCAUUUCUUUUUUCACGCAGCCUUAGUCUUAUUUUGUCUUUUUUUUUUUUUUUAAAGUUUGUUCUUUGGUUCUGCGUUGUGUUGUUGUAAAUGACAAUUUAAAGAAAAAAAAACAAAAGCGUAAUGUCUUUCAAGGUGCCAAAACUGAAUGAUUCUGAACUUGGAUGCAUCAAGUCCUGAUGAUGAAUAAAAAUUGAACCCCCCUGUAGGGAA